AUGACUUGUAGUUAUUACUUCCACGCUAAGGGGAUUACACAUAUCUUCUCGGGGAACACAUUAAUUAGCAUUAACAGAACUUCAUUACGAACUGAACUGAAUCAGCUGAACUGUAGAGCGUGCGAAAGUAUCUCAUGGUAUAGAAUUAAACAAACGUUCGGAAGUCAACAUGAGAAUGAAAAAAAUAAGAAAAUUGUUUCCUAUUAUUAUCAAUUUCCAAGCUCUACGUUUGUAAAUUCGAACCAGAAAGGUUUCAAGAAUAUUGCUGAGCAAUACGGCAUAAAUAUCCUUAAAAUUAAUGGAACAACUGAUAUUAAUUUAAAUGAAAAAAAUACAUUCUGUAAUAAGAGAUUUUUCAGUGGUAGAAGUGGAGGUUUAAAAAGAAGAAAAAAAAGAAAAGAUGAAAGAGUUAUAAAUACCUGUUCAGGUAAAAGACUAGAGUUCUUUUACCCCAAAAAAAAAAGGAGACAACGAAUAGGAUUAAUUCAAAAUAGUAGAAAAAAUAUAGUUUACGAUAAUAUUUUAAAACGGUUUUUAGUUUAUUAUUACAAACAAGGUAUUCAAGUUUUUCGAACUUUUAGUUGUAAAAAAAAAAAAAACUUUGAAUCAGCUAGAAACAAAGCCAUAAUUCUAUCCAAACAGUAUAAUAUAAAAUAUAAAAAACAAAUAGAUAGACAAAACAAAAGUAAUAAAGUACCCCUAAAUAUUACGGAUAGUAGUAAUUUAAGUGCAAAGUAUGAUCACAAUAUAACAAAAAAUGUAAAAAUUGUACCUGAUAAAAACAAAAGUGGAUAUAGAGGAGUCUUUUACGAUUCUUCUCACCAUGCUUAUAUAUGUACCUAUAACGAGUCUGGCAUAAGAAAAUUUCAAAUUUUCAAAAUUCAAAAUAACGAUUAUCUAGAAGCUUACAAUUUAGCUGUUAUGUGUCGAAGAUACAAACUUUUUAAGAAUUUUCAAUUCGUUUCCCAAAGAAAUCGAAUAAGAAGUGGACGCAUACAUCUUAAGUGA